AUGACCUCCUGCACUGGCAACUCUGUCCUGCCGCCUACACCGGACUCGCCGCCACAGAGGCAGUCGGUGCACUCAGACGCCGACUUUGCCCAUCAUGACCACCCCUGUGCAUUCGUUGUGAACGUUCCGCCAAUCGACUUGAUCCCGCAAAGCCGCUCCACCGAGGUCUGGCUCGGGACACAGCAGGCUUUUGGACUUGAUGCUCAAGAAGGCGCACACGGUGAACGUAACUCGGGCCAGAUUCGUAUUUCACUGCCGGAGUUAAAAUCGAGAAAAAGGCAUCCCGUCCAACCUGGCAUUCCCAAAGCAUCGUCAUCUGUGACUUGA